AUGUCAUCAUUUGCGCAUUCAAAGGGUUCUGUUAAGCCUCUUUCAGAGGAUUUAACAUGUGUUAAUACAAUUCCACUUUUGAAUGAGCCUAUUAAAUCAUCAGUGGAUGAGUCAUUAGACAUAAAGACAUUAGUUGAUAGGCCAUUUAAAAAACGUCUUCGGCCAGGAAUGAAAAAAGAGGACAUUCCUAUAGUGCCAUUAAUAGAAUUGAAUUUUGAAGGACCAUUUUCUUUAGAAGAAUAUUUGGAUGGACUUCUUUCAAACGAAACAUCACAUCCAAUGUCCGUAAAGCGUACAAAAGAAAUAGCAGAGCCUCCUAAAGGUGUUGAUCCAUGGAUUUGGGUCUAUGAACUUAUAAGACGAUUCAUAGUUGAUUUGAAUCUAUUAGUGGUGGGUAUGCUUGAAGAUUCAUGUUCUCCAGAAAAAUGCCCAGAGAUGAGAGCAAAUGAAUGGCAAUAUUUGUGCGCAUGUCAUAACCCUCCUCAAGAAUGCGUAGCCAUUGAUUAUAUUUUACAUACACUAGAUAAUACAUCAACAUUAUUGUGCUCGGACAAAUACUUUCCAUCCAAAAUAUCGAUUCCUCUUUCUUCAACACGUCAUUUUUCUUCUAUAAUGCGUCGUCUCUAUAGAAUUUUUAAUCAUGCAUGGUAUAAACAUUACGAAAUAUUUUGGAAAGUUGAAAAUGAAAUUUCUUUGUAUAGACGAUUUAUGGCAGUUUCUGAAUAUUAUCAUUUCAAAUACGAACAUUCCGAUAUGGUUAAUGAAGCAUAUUCUAAGGAAAUAGAAGAUGGUUAUCAUCAAGAUCAAGAAAAAGUUGAUAACUACAAUCCACAGACUCUUAAUGAUCAUAACUACAAAACUCUAAAUAAUUCUUACGAAUAUGAUAAAGAAAACAGAGGAAACAAAAACAUGUUAGCAUCUUAAUAAAUGAUAUAUUAAAUGUAUGGUGUUAUAGAUGUCAUAUGUUUAAACAAGAAACUAUAGUAAUUAAAUUAUAUUAUUUAUAUAGAGAUGCAC